CGGUAAUCAAAUCAUUAUAUUAUAUUAUUCCGUAUUACUAUUACUAUUACUCUUCUUAUUCUCGCAGCUCAUUACUUGAGUAAUAUAUGGUAUCAAUCUUUGGCUGUGUCGCCGGUCUAUUUUUGGCAACGCAUGUUUGUUUACUUAUCUUCUAUAUCUAUACCUUUGCUGUUCUAUAUCUAUAUUCAUGUAUCAAUUCUGUUUCCGUUUCUUGUCAGAAGACCGCCUGUUUAUUAUUCCCUUCUCUGAGAAGAAUAGCAACAGCAGCAUUUUGAAUCAAUCAAUAAAAAACAAUAACUCUUCGAUGUUGUGCAGCG